UACGUACAUUGUUAGUUUCGGGGUGGUUGUAUGAAAUCCCUGUACCUGAACGACAGAGGAAGCCCCUAGUCUCCCGUUUGGGGAUGGGUUACGGAAGCUCUAGGGGGUGUUUUGGUGUUUGAGGGUUUGAGGGCCCACUGUCUUGCGCUCACAUACCAAGUAACCACAACCAAUCUUGAAGCAACCACGCGAUUUGACUCCAUCGUCAGCUUUCUCGUUGCAGCCGAAUCUAACUCGAACCUUGCGUAGUGCUUCGUAAUCCUACAAAUAACUUCAUCAUGGACCAUUCGCACAUGGAUCAUAGCCAUAUGGAUCAUGGCGACAUGGGCCACGGAGAUAUGCCAAUGCCAAUGUGCAGCAUGAAUAUGCUGUUCACUUGGGAUACUACCAACCUAUGUAUCGUUUUCCGACAGUGGCACAUUCGCGGAAAUGCCUCCCUGAUCUUCAGCUUGCUGGCCAUCAUCGCUCUCAGCGCCGGUUAUGAGGCUCUCCGCGAAGGCAUCCGUCGUUACGAGACCGCGAUCGCCGUUAAGCAGGAUGCCUCUCCUAUCGAACCAAAUACUGAGAGCGCGGCGUUACUUGGCGUAGGACGAAGCAGCCAGGCCGACGCGAUUGGACGGCGAGCCCAUGCCGUGAAGGCGGUGCUAUACGGCGUGCAGAACUUUUAUGCGUUCAUGAUUAUGCUGGUUUUCAUGACCUACAACGGCUUCGUCAUGCUUUCCGUCGCUAUCGGAGCUGGCCUCGGGUACUAUUUCUUCGGUUCGCGUACGAAAGCUGCUAAGGAGACGGCCUGCCACUAGAUACGGGAAGACCUGAUUAAUAUCCAAUCUAAAUGUACGAGUUGGCCAAGGCAUAUUAAAGAAGGCAAAUAUGGGGUCGAAUUUGGCGGUCUGCAAUGGUGUGGGACGGAGACGCUGAUC